AUGAUAAUACAAUAUUACACUCGCGCGUGUUGUAACGGUCGAGAUGCGUUCCGGACGAUCGUGCCGCGGCGACGCGCUCCGGUCCGUAUCGAUUUGUGCGGUUCGGAAGCCUCGCGGGGGUGGCGCACAGCUGACUGGUAUGCGUGCCGCCGCGAGAUAACGCGCGUCGCCGUCGUCGUCCUCGCCGUCAGCCGCGAGCGCCGCUCCGCACUCUGCUUGGCGUCCGACGCUGCGCCGCACACCGCCUCGAGUCGUAGUCGCUGUCGCUGUCGCUGUUUUUCCUGUCGUCGUCGUCUCGCGGGGCCCGUGGAAAUGACGGCUUCACCGCCGCCGAAGCAGCAGCGGGCCGUCACCGUCGCCACCGCAACUGCGGCUUUCCGACUGUCGCUGGUCGUGUUGCUGCUGCUUGACGUCGGCACCGCGUCCGCGUCCAUAUGCAAAUCCGGACUGUGCACCCGCGAACAGUACUGCUGCGGCGACGGCAAGUGCUGCGACAACGUGUACAGCCUCUGGUACUUGUGCGGAGGCGUAGCUGUUAUGCUCUUCGUCGUCGGUUCAUUCUGUCCGGUCAUCAGACAGUGCUGUUGUUUCCGGACCCCGGUGAUCGUCAAGUAUGUCCCGGUGCCCACGUCACCGACUAAAUUCAAAUAUUCUGAUCGUGAAAAGUGCACCAGAGUGGACGUGACGCUGCCCAUGCCGCCUCGAGCCACCACGUUGGACUUCACGAACUGCAUAUAA